UUCAUUAUCGUCACUUAUGAACGUUUCGCUGGUGUAUUUUCUUUAGUCACCGGCGAGUGUAUUAGCAAAAUUGCCUUUCCAGGCGCAAAAGAAGGCCUCACUCCGGUGGCUUCCUUACUGUCACCAAGCAAUGAAUUUGAGCUUUCUGUUGUGUUUAACAACGGUCUUAUUUGUGUGUAUGACUGGUCUACUUCUACUUGUUUGCGUGCGAUGGACCUUUCUACCCAAGUUUAUGCCGCAAAUUUUGCAGGAUCGACGCUUUACGUUGUAGCACAAAGUGCCGAGUUAUGUGAGGCGAAGGCGGAGAAAAAUAACACGGAGUCGUUUGCUUUGUAUGCAUUGACUGCUUCAAACGAAAAUGGUGUCGACGUUCUGCAGCCUGCUUUCGUUUGUGGUGUGCCAAGCUUUCAUUCAUUCUCAGCAACACAAUACGAAAACGCUACUAUUCUCGCUCUCACUACGAAUGAUAAGCUCCUUCUUGUCUUUCCUAGACAGCGCAAGAAGCGUCAGGUUCGUUUCGAUUUGAAGGAGAUCCCCUUUACAAACCAAACCCCUGAGCUUGUUCAACUGUUCGGAAACAAAGUUGCAGUUUCCGAUUCCGAGGGUAAGGUCAUUGUGUAUCAAAACAUCCAGCGUCCUAAGUUGGCCGCUCCGCGAGUAUUUCAUUGGCAUGCAAAUCCCAUCCGUGGACUUGCGUGGGCAUUGGACGGCAAUUAUCUUCUGUCCGGUGGUAGUGAAGGUGUUUUGGUUCUUUGGCAAUUAGAAACCGCCCAGCGCCAGUACUUGCCCCGCCUGGGUUCUUCAUUGCACGCUAUUGCAGUUUCCCCUAACAAUCAGCAGUACGCUGUGUACAUGGGUGACAAUUCCGUUCAGGUGAUUGGAACGGCCGAUCUCAAUAAGCAAGUUCACAUUCGCGGUCUGGCACCUUCUUCAGUUGUUCGUAAAACCGGCUUUUCCAUGAACUCGUCCAGCUCAGCGGCUGUCACUAUGAAUCUUUCUGUUGUCCACCCUACGGGCGAUCUCUUGUACCUUUCCUCCUCUUUCUUUAAUGGCCACAGUGCCAUACUUCAACAAUACAGCCUGGAUACAGACUCUACGGUUCAUUGUUUUGAAGUUGCUCGUUACUCUUAUGGUAACACAUCAAAAGGUGCCAUGCAAGCUAUUGCUGAAAAUGCUCUGCAAAAGAAUUACAGCCUUAUAACUCGUGUUGAUGAUCCUCACGGCUUUGGUAAACCGUGUGCUGAAAUUGAUUACUUUCCCCUCGAAACUCGCCUUCGUGUCUCUGGGAACGGAUGCUUCCUUAAGGCUUUGGAACCCUUUUCGAGUGCGCUGACAUGCUCCGCUGAUGGUUCGCUUCUUGCAUAUGCUCAUGACUCGCGUGUGUAUUUAGUUGACGCCGAUUCCUUGGAGACUGUUUCCAGUUUCAACAUUCCUUUUAGUGGUCAAAUUGAGAAUGCACGUUUUGUGGGUUCUGAAUACUUGGUCGUCGUUGCACACCGACGUUUGCUCGUAUGGAAUGUGAUUGUUGGUGAAGCUACUUGGACCCUGGAUUCCAAAUUUUCUGGUUUGUUGGAAACUGCCGGCACGGAUACUUUUGCCGUUAUUGAUACCAAUUCAGUCUACUCUCGUUUGCUUGUAUUCCGUGUCACCUCACCUGUUAUUGUAUCGAUGCAUGUGAUAAAAUCGAAACCUCAGGCUCUUCUUUAUUCGCACCAUUCCUUCGUUGUAAUUGAUUCGCGUUAUGUGAUUCAUUUAUACGGUCGUCCUAUCGCAAAGUGGGCGGUGUCUGCCAGUGCCUUUUCUACCGAUGCUCGGUCCGUUCUGGGUGACUUUUCCAGCGCUCUUACAACGUCUCGUGUUACUGAUGCAGCGGAGGAAACAGUUGACCAUGCGGUUUACAAGCGUCUUACUCGUGAUAAAAUUCACAAUUUAUUCGACGUGCCUUCAACGACUGAGGUGGAUAUGGAAGGUAUGUUCCGCGAUCUAUCUCGUCUCGCAGUGGGUGAACCACUGGGGCAAUUGGGCGUUCAACUGGUGUCCCCUUCAGCCUAA